GCCGGCGGGCCGAAUCUCGGGCCUUAAAGGCUGAGUCAGGAGCAACUGGAUCAGCACUUGAGGCUCUCUGCCGUGGGAACGUAUCGUCUUCUAAGGUGCGCGUGCGCAGCUGUGGCCACCGCAGGUUUUUGAAACAUGCAUCCUUCACUCCUGACUGUCCUGUGCUUGGGAAUCGCCUCGGCUGUUCCACAACUUGAUCAAAGCUUAGAUGCACAGUGGUCCCAGUGGAGAGCAACACACAAGAAACUCUAUGGCAAGAAUGAAGAAGGAUGGAGGAGAGCAGUGUGGGAGAAGAACCUGAAAAUGAUUGAACUGCACAAUCGGGAAUACAGCUUAGGGAAACACGGCUUCACAAUGGCAAUGAAUGCCUUUGGAGACAUGACCAAUGAAGAAUUCAGGCAAGUAAUGAAUGGCUUUAAAAACUUGAGACACAAAAAGGGGAAAGUGUUCCAUGAACUUCCCUUUCUUGAAGUACCCAAAUCUGUGGAUUGGAGAGAGAGAGGCUAUGUAACGCCGGUGAAGAAUCAGGGUCAGUGUGGUUCUUGCUGGGCUUUCAGUGCAACUGGUGCCCUGGAGGGACAGAUGUUUCACAAAACUGGUAAGCUUGUUCCACUGAGUGAGCAGAAUCUGGUGGACUGUUCUCGGUCUCAAGGCAAUGAGGGCUGCAACGGUGGCCUAAUGGACAAUGCCUUCCAGUACGUUAAGGAUAAUGGAGGCCUGGACUCAGAGAAAUCCUAUCCAUACCUAGCAAGGGACACAGAUGCCUGUAACUACAAGCCCGAGUUUGCCGCCGCCAAUGACACUGGCUUUGUGGACAUCCCUCAGCGGGAGAAGGCCCUCAUGAAGGCCGUGGCAGCAGUGGGGCCCAUCUCUGUUGCCAUCGAUGCCGGCCAUGAGUCGUUCCAGUUCUAUAAAGCAGGCAUUUAUUAUGAUCCGCAGUGUAGCAGCAAAGACCUGGAUCACGGCGUCCUGCUGGUUGGCUAUGGCUUUGAAGAAGCAGAUUCAAAUAACAAAUUCUGGCUUGUCAAGAACAGAAAACAUGCUCUUCUUCCAGCUGGGGGCCAGAAUGGGGCUGGAAUGGCUACGUUAAAAUAGCCAAAGACCAGAACAAUCACUGUGGAAUCGCCACAGCAGCCAGCUAUCCCACUGUGUAAGCUGAUGGCAGUGAUAAUGCAGGACUUGAGAACAGCGUAUCCAGACGAAUUUCAUCAUAAAACUGACUAGACCCUUAUUGUGUAAGAUAAAACACUUGAGUCAUUGAGGAUCCAAGCUGUGAUUUGCAUUUUGACAUUUUUAUAAGGGUAAAAUGUUACCACUACUUUAAUUACUGUUAUAUAAAUAGCUUUAUAAUAUUCAAGUCUCAUUACUUAAUGCUAAAUAUUUGAAUUUUCAUUUUUUAAAAGGAUAUAUAAAAAAACUACCUUUUAAAAUAAAUUUUAAUUCAGUAUGUAGAGAUGGAACUUCUUUCUAUAUUUAUAAUGCAUUAAUGUUUUGUGUAGUUGGGAAAUACAGUUAGGCUAUAAAGAUGUAACUGAAUGUGCCAAUGGUGGAUUAGGAAAAGGACGCUGGGUGGCCCUCUUGAUCUUCCAGUUAUAAUGUCAGCUACCUGUUGACCGUGUUGACCCAAUCCUUGAAGCCAGCCAAAUGUGACACCCAGUCUGGAAGGGCAAAGGUGAAUUGUCUUAAUAAAAACAAAUUCACCCUUAGAAAAGUGAUUACACAUACAGAUUGUUAGAUUUUAGAUAACUAGAAAAGGAGGGCCUCUUCCUUUGACUCAGGAUGUUUCUAACUUAGUCAUGUUAUGUGCAGAAAGCCUCAGAGCCCGUUACCAAAGCAGCUGCUGAAAUCACUGUGUGGAUCACGUGACUACUUGGCAGCUGGAAAGGACAAGGCCCCAGUGGACUGCAGGCAUUAGUCUUUGUUCUGCCAAGUCUCUGACGGCAUUCCACAUAACUUUCAGAAAAAGCCUCCUUUAUUACCUGGUGUUAACAAAUGUAAAUUUAAUGGCUGUGAUUAAUAAAUCUCAGGUGCUUGGUAGAAACUGGAGAAAUGUGUUCAAGGUCUACCAGAGAUGAGGGUUGGCUUCAAAAAUAGUCCUCUGGCCUUGAAAAUGGGUGACAGAUCUUCAGGCCAAAUUUGGGUUUACCUAAUCUCUGAGCCAAAAAUUAACUUGAUGGGAACAGAACAGCCUAAUAAGCAUAUGGUUGCACAGGUAGUAAAUACAAAUCAUGCAUUUGCAUAUUUAGACAGGAAGGAAAAAAUGCCAAGCUGCUGGGUGAUUUAUAGAUGAUUAUUUUCUUUAACCUGUUAAAAUGUAAAAACACACCUACAUUCUGCAGGCUAAAAAAUCAUGUGUGCAUGUGUUUAAAAAUCUCAUGUUUCCAAAGUAUAAAGAAUAAACUGGUGAAAUGUUUAAUGUAGCUAUAAUCCUUGUGAAGGGAAUGAGAUGGUGGACAGCCGGAGCCUUCUGUCCCACAAACCUUCAGUAGCCAUUACCCACAGCCUUUUGUAAAACACCGUAUACCAUGUACAGUCUGAGUUUUCCUUGGGGAUGAUGCCUUCAUCUUGCUCUGCAGCAGCAGGCUGCCUCCGUGCUGGCCACAGGACCCUGGAACAACUCAAGACUCUUAAAUAUCUGGGAACUGAACUGAAUCAAAGUUUGGUAGCUUUUUAUUUAAAUAAGAAAGCUUAGGUAAAGCAGAAAAUUCCUCAGAUGUCCAAACCAUGAUAUUUGAUGCUUUUGUAAUUUUCAAAGACCUUUAUAUUUUAAACUUGUGGAAAUCUCUAACAUCUGCCACCUAGAAGCAUUUUCAAAGGAGCCAAUAGACUUCAAAUACAUUGAGCUGGAAACAAAUUUGAUCACAACAAAAAUCUAAUAUGAAGUACAAACUUAGCACCAGGAAUGCUUAUAGUCCAGACAUUUAAAUAAUUCUUUUUUUUAUCUAAAUAAUUCUUUAUUCUAGUUUUAUUGCAAAGGAAUUAAGGAAAAAGGAAAUAAUUUGGCAAAUAUGAGGGAGGAAUUGGCUUAUGUGAGUGCAUAGCCACAACACUUGGGCAUCUACUAGGGGAAGGAGAGGGCUGAGUAUAGACCCCAUCUCAGCUUCAUUUACAGUUGGCCACCUUUGGUCUGUAUUCCAGCCUGCCAAUCAAAGGACUAGAGCUACCCUUCUAACCUUGAGCUACAAUAUUGAAUUCUGAAUCUCUGUUUAAUUGGCCCAUUUCAAUAAAUUCAGUCUGAUCUAACUUUAUGUCCCUUCUACUUAGCUCUGCACCCUUAAUAUCCUUUCCUAUUCAUAUUCCCCAAAUUUGGGUCUGUAUGUCUUGGAAGAGUCAUGCCCAUCUCGUGAAAUGUAGUGCACUGCCUUAGGAGCCACUCUUGGUACCUCACCUCUUAGAGCCCGCUGUGGCAGAGUGUAGAUCAGAUGCAGAAGCAGAGAGGGUUGGUAGGGGCGCAUCCUGAGAAGGAGUGUCUUGCGAGGAAACUACCUCAGGGGAGCCAUUUGUCUGCAUUGCUCACGCAAAGAGAGUUAACCUCAAGUGGACGGCCUGCCCCUCCAGACAAGACUCGACGGACUUAGGGUGUCAACAUCCCCAGAUUCAUCAGGAUGUGUCUGUGAGCCCCCAUUCUGAAGUUCAGACCUUCUUCAAUCCCUCACUUUUACGUAAAGCCUGUGAGAUUGGGAAUUCGGUUUGCAUUGUAAUUCAUCCAUUUGUGUGAGACAUUGAGUUUGGUUUUCAGAAAUCUUAGCUCUGUGGCUACAAGUGAAAAGAAUUUCUUAAAGGGCAGAUAAAACUUUAGGGUCCCUUUUGUGGCACUUGAGUAGGAGUUCCAACAUCUGAGCUCAUCUUUUCCUUUCCUCAUUUUGUCCAGUGCAGUUAUAAGCAAACAGCCAAUCUCAUUAGUUUGGCCAAAAUGCUCUAAUGUAUCAAAUACAUGGUCACUCAGAACUUUGCCCCUCAGAAGUGUCUGAUAAGGAGCAUCCAUUGGUAAUACAAGCAUGUCUCCAUUGCCACCUCAUGCCAUGGGCUAUCAGCGCUGCUUUACCACUGGAAAUAGAGCCCUUGGUGCCUUUAAAUUUUAAUAGAAUCAAUUCCAGAAAUCAAACUUACUCUAAAGAUUCUUUUCCUCGAGAACCACUGUCAGUAACAAAAUCUGCAUUAUAGGAAAUUGGCUCGUAUAAUUAUGGAGGCUGGCAAGACUAAAAUUGUAGAGCGAGCUAGCAGACUAGACUAGUAUUUCUGUAUUACAAUCUUAGAGCAGAAUUCUGUCAUCAGGAAAUCUCAGUUUUUGCUCUUAAGGGCUUCAACAAAUUGGAUGAGGCCCCCCCACAUUGAGGAGGGUACUCUGCUUUACUCAAAGUCCACUGGUCAUAGAUGCUAAUCCCAUCUAUAAAAUACCUUCACUGCAGCAUCUGGACUGGGGUCUAACCAAAUCACUGAGCUCUGCAGCCCAGCAAAGUGGUUGGUGUGUAACAGUAACCAUCACGGGGGUUGUCGCCUGGGUGCAUUUACCUCCUCUAUCCCCAUUAACCCUUCUUCACCUGCUCUAAUCAUCCCCACCUUUCAGCCCUGAACACACAUGCACACGCAUAUUUUAAGUUGUUUUUACCAGAGGAAGGCGUGCACAGGCAGUAUUUCUGACAAUCAAACUUACUGUUAUUUGUUUUCAUAUUAUUCAGUCUAUCUCUCUUGGAAAGAAAAUUAAAACAGUUUUUAAAAAA